AUGUCUGAUUUAGAAAAAACAACUGAUUUAGAAAUCAUUAACAUUAGUUCUGAGAGUGAAGAUCAAGAGUUCUCAUUGCCACGAGAACUUGUUCAUAAUGAGGAAAAACUGGAGAAAACAUUAGCUUUAAUCAAUACUAUAUAUCAUAUAACUGAUAUUCGCCAUUCUUUAUUUCCCAUUGAAUAUCCUGAUAGUUCAAACAAUGGAAUUGCAAAUGUUUUUCACGUUGAAAACUGGACUAAUAAAAAGGCUGUAUUUAGUGAUAUUCAGUAUAGUCUUGGAAAGCCUAGUGGUGCUCAUUCUAAUGUCCCUUGCCUGUUUUUGGGAGUAAAGUGCAAAGAUGAAAAAAAAACUUGUCAAGAUCUUUUGAAAGAAUUAUUUAGAAAUGAAGAACGAAUUAGUACAAUUGAGGAUGAUAAAAAAUGUUUUACUAUUAUCCCCAGUGCAUCUAAAAAACAGGAGUGUCCAAUUCCUCACGUUAAAGAUGGAAAAAUUGAAGCAUUACCACUUGUAAAAACUGGAUGUAAUGUCAUAUUCCAUAAAUAUGAACCAUUAGAUUUAGAAUCAUGUCCAUAUAUAGUUAUGGUUGUAAAAAACACUCACUCACAUCCACCACCUCCUCCUCAUCGAAUACCUGUUCAUUUACAAGAAAAUGUAAAAAAUUUAAUUAAAAAUUCAAAUGAUCUUUUAAACGAUACUACUCCACGAAAAUUAAUUUCAGGCCCAUUAAUAAAAGCUGUUUUUGGAGAAAUUGUCUUAUCAGAUAUUCAUGCUUCAAUGAAUAAUAUUGAUAAACUUCGUAAUAUUGUAAUGAAAGAACAGAGAUUAUUACAUCCACAUGGACAAGGAAUUAUGGGAGUAGUUCAUGCUUUUAAUCAAAAUGAAGCAAAUUUACGUGAUUAUAUUCAAAGAAUUAAUAUGUCAUACAAACGUGUAUUUGGAGAAAUGAAUGAAUUUGAGUUUAAUGCUUAUGAUGAAGAUAAUCAUAGCAUUGUAACAUUUUGUAGAAUUUUUACAAAUGGAAGUGAUUCUAAAAUAUACCAAUGCAUGUUUAUGACUUUUUUUGAAGUUUAUGAAAAUUUAACAGGAGAAAAGCCAACUUUUUAUCAUUUUAAUUCAGAAAAGAAAGGAUGGGCAGCUAUAAUUGUGGAUCUUGAUAAAGGUCAAGCUAAAGGAUUAUCUUUAGCUUUAAAUUCUUUAUGUAAUUCUAUAAGUGCUGAGCAACAUUUACUUUAUACUUUAAAGUCUUGUUUAGUUCAUUUUGAAAGAAAUGUAAGAAAUUCUAAAUAUUCUGAUGAAAGCAAGUUUUUAAUGCGUCAGCUUCCAAAAGCCAAAACCAAAGAUGACGUGAAUUUUAUAUUUGAGCAGUUAGAGGUUAUUGGUGAUGAAAAAAUUAACGAUUGGAUAGCUGAAUACCAAACACCAUGGAUCUUAGCAUCACUAAAUCACAAUUUUUCAUUAAUGGAUCAUGAUAUUUGGAUGACUACCCCUUUUGAUACUAAUGUAUCCGAAUGUUCACAUGCAAAUGUAAAUAGAGAAGGGACGCGAUUGAGAUUAAAAACUGCAAUAUUUCAUUCAUGGAACUAUGAUCUAACAUUAUAUAGACGUUUUCAUAACUACCAGCAGUAUAAUAUCCCUAUGUCAAGCAAGGAUAAAAGUGGUACAAAACGAAAAAUAGAGGCUAAUAAGCGAAAAGAAAAACGAAAAAAUACCCAAAUUCCAAAAUUACCAAACAAAAGGCAGAAAUUGGAAUAUGAAGAACGUAAGGAAGAAUUAGAACGAAAAAGAUUGGAUAAUCAAUUAAAGAAAUUAGAAAUUGCACAGAAAGAAAAGGAGUUAAAUGAAAAUUAA